AUGGCCCUCACGCAGUCCCAAGCGCUCGUCUCUCGCCAGACCACGCGCGUGUCCACGAAGUCAUCCAAGCGCACCGCGAAGCGCUCGACGACGGUCCGCGCGGCGGUGGCGACCGCGGGGGCGACCCAGGUCCCGAUCGAUGAACUCAAGUCCACGACGCUCCGUGCGAUUCGCGGGAUCGGGUACGACGAGAAGGACGCCGCGGUCAUCUUGGACGUCUUGAUGUACGCGCAGCUUCGCGGGAACAACCAAGGCAUCAUCAAGGUCACGACGAACGGCCUCGCCAAGGACCCGGAGGCGAAGCCGAUGAAGAUCACGCAUGAAUCUAAGCUCUCGGCGGCGAUCGACGGUCAAAAGACGCAGGGCAUGAUCGUGCUCGCGGAGGCGACGCGCAUCGCGCACGAAAAGGCCAAGGAGCAUGGUUUCGGCAUCUGCGGCACGUGCAACACCUUCACGAGCACCGGUGCACUCGGAUACUACGUCAAGAAGGUUGCGGACGAGGGUAUGAUCGCGUUGUGCUUCGCGCAAUCCCCGGAGUUCGUCGCUCCGGCUGGCGCGGCCAAGGGCAUCUUUGGUACCAACCCGAUCGGCGUCGGCAUGCCGUCCUCGCAAGGCUCCAUGGUGCUCGACAUGGCAACGAGCGCGUACAGCUGGUUCGGAGUCCUCGAGGCCAAGACGGCUGGUCGCCAGCUUCCGGAAGGUGCGGCUCAAGACAAGAACGGCGUGAUGACCACGGAUCCGAACGAAGUCGUCGACGGCGGCGCCAUUCGCACCUUUGAUGGCGGCUAUAAGAGCAGCAACUUGGCCUUGAUCAUCGAACUCCUCGCUGGCCCGCUCGUCGGCGCCGCCAUCGAUUCCAAGCUCACGGCGAAGAACUGGGGUAACUUGAUCAUGGUGAUCGACCCGAAGAUGCUCGGUCAAGCGGACUUUGAAAAGAACGCUGCGUUUGUCAUGAACCGCGUCAAGAACGCGCCGAAGCAACCAGGCGUCGACCAAAUCAACCUCCCAGGGGAACGCGGUGACGCUCUGGCCAAGGCAAAUGAAGCCGCCGGUGUCGUGGACGUCGAAACUAACCUCUGGAACGAUUUGAAGAAGGCAGCUGAGGCGUUCUCUGGCUAA